UGAGUCCGUCAGUGAUUCUCAGGUGGUGCCGGGACCGACCAUGUUUCACCUGCUGCUGCUGGCCGGGGUGCUUCUGGGAGGAUACAUCGUCCUCAUACAGACGCUCUUCAAGAGAUCCAAAUGCAGAGGGAACGCAGCGAUGGCGGGAAAGACUGUCGUCAUCACAGGAGGGAACACCGGCAUUGGUAAAGCCACGGCACUGCACCUGGCCAGGAAGGGAGCCAGAGUGAUCCUGGCCUGCCGGAACCGGGACAAAGCCGAGGCGGCCAUCGCAGAUAUACAACAGGAAACAGGAAGUACUGACGUUCUCUACAUGCAUCUGGACCUGGCCAGUCUGAAGUCGGUCCGCUGCUUCGCUGAAACCUUCCUGAAAACGGAGUCCAGGCUGGAUCUGCUCAUCAACAACGCCGGUCUGGUGGCUGACGGCCGGACCGAGGACGGUUUCGGCAUCGAGUUCGGGGUGAACCACCUGGGUCACUUCCUGUUGACCUGCCUGCUGCUGGAGAGGCUGAAGGAGGCGGGCGGAGGACGGGUGAUCACCCUGUCCUCCAUGGCUCACCGCUGGGGACACAUCGACUUCGAGGCUCUGGCGGUGAACAAACACCUGGGCACCGGCAGGUACAGCUGGCAGUUCUUCCAGGCGUACUGCAACAGCAAACUGUGCAACGUCCUCUUCACCCACGAGCUCGCCAAGAGGCUGAAAGGAACCAACGUCACCUGCUACAGCCUCCACCCAGGUGUUGUCCGUACUGAGCUGUCCAGACACGUCAGCCUGUGGCAGAAGAUCUUCAUCGAGCCCGUGGCCCGGCUGCUGUUUCUGGACCCGGAGGCCGGAGCUCAGACCACGCUGCACUGCGCCCUGCAGGAGGGAAUCGAGCCUCUGAGCGGGCGCUACUUCUCCUGCUGCGCCGUGCAGGAAGUGUGUGCCCGGGCCCGGGACGACGCCGUGGCCAGAAAACUGUGGGAGGUCAGCGAGAGGCUCUGUGGACUUUCUUAAGGUGGACUGAACACAAAGGACUUUAAGAUUUCCCUCUACCUUAAACAGAUUAUUAAAUGUGUGAGCGAUGAGCUCCUUUAGUUACAAACUGUUCUGUUACAGUGUGAGAAGUUUCUGUCUGAACCAAUGUAAAUACAUUAAUAACAACA